GUCUGCGGUACCAGCUGCAGGCCAGCGACGCCGACCUGGGCUCCACGUGUCCGCUGGGCGUGUCAGGUCCGCCGGCGCGCUGCCCCUGCGCCGUGGUGCAGUACCGGCUGGUGGAGGCGCACGCACUGGAGGAAGCCGAGAACAUCGAGACUGGCGCUGCGAACGCCAUCUAUCCGCCCCCGACCGAGCUAGAGGAGUUGACGCGCGCCAAGCGAGAUUCAGCAGGCGCCUCGGCCGAAUCCACGGCGAUGGAGCUGGUACGGCUUACUCCAACUGGUGACAUAACACCCAAGAUUGGCAACUUGAUCACCUACAGGUUCGACAUCACGCUUCCGACCAUCAGUGAUAUGGACAUGAAGGUGGAGAUCUUCGUAGCCGAUCUGGACUCAGGUCACACGGUGUUCGAAAUCGUCACGGCCGCGGUGACGCAUCAGGGCUCAGGAGUUACCAGCAGUGCCGGCGCGCUCGGGAGUAUCGAACCAACAUCAUAUCAUAACACCAUCACUCCGACUGCGCGAGACAGAGUGGUGCUAGAUCUCGGCUCGUUGACCAACACGGAUCAGCCGGCAAGCGGCUCCGCGGGCGCCAGCUUGAUCAGCAUCUCCUUCGGCGUCCUGGUCAUCCACAACACGCAGGUGACGCAAGGCUCCAAUCAGUACGUCAGCGCCGGAGCGGAGUACAACACGGCCAACUACGUGCAGGUGUCACAGGAGCAGUUCACGCCGGACUCCACCACCACCGAUAUUAUUCCUGCUUUCGGCUCAGUGACGGCCGUCGAGUCCAGUCUGAGCAUCGCGCAGUACUCGGCCGGACAGGGCGCUGUUACCAUCGGCGUGCUGGCCCCGUAUGGCGAGCUGUACGUGGAGGCCUACGUCACUCACUCAAUGCACGAGGACGCUCUGAGUAUCGGUGGCACGUUUGUCGAGCUGGGCUCCGCCUACGUAGGUGCACAACAGUUUAGCGCUGAUAAGUACAAGGUGGCUCAGGUCCAGAGCAGGUCGGGCUUGAUCACGCGCUUCAAGAGCGUCAACAUUCCCUUCAGACAGACAGGAGAUUCCACUUCUGCCGCGACAGAACCAUCCAGAGUAGCCAACGUCACCAUUCCGGUGUUCGCCACUGAGCAUGCGGCAGUGGGUGGGAAGGCCACUCUUGUGAUCUUCGUCAAGGCCAAAGAUACCCUAUCAGACCGCUCUUUACCCGGCGGGGUGUCGACCGCGAUCGCCAUCGACGUGACAGAAGGCGCAGCGCCCACCGGCAGUGGCUCACUCAGUCUUGAUAGUUCCUGGCACGAAGUGCACAGCUCCAGCACUGAUGUCCCCGCCAAGAGCACCGUCGAGUACCUGGUGAAGGCGAUGGCGCCGUCCGGUCCCAGCGUCGUGCCCAGCGCAGACAUCAGCCUGGACACUACGAGCGUUACAGGACUCCGCGCCUGCGACGUGGAGGUGUGGUCUCAGGGCGUCAACAUCAUCUACAUGGAGACCUCGUCGGUCACACUGACUCCGGCUGAUGGCGAGACCUCAGCCACCAUCACCAUCUCCAACCUCGUCAUUGAGGAAAUCACGACGGAAGCUGUCGGCUAUGAGCUGGUGUUCCGUCUCUCGAUGCGGGCCGACACCGACGGCGCCCCAGCAGCCAAUCCUGGCGCUGUCAGUCUCGCAGCUGUUAACGUGACCGGGACGGGGGCUGGCGCUCAGCCGACCGUGACCGUCAGCGCCUCCGCUCCGACGACCACCGUCAACAUCGGCAGCCAGUUCGGCAUCGACAUGCUCAUCGAAUACCCGGUGGAUGAUCUCGUCUCUGAUACGGAUGCCGACUUCGCCGUUGAGUUCACAAAUGACCUCCGGCUGGGCUACGAGGUCAAGUUCUGUUCCGUCCACGUGGUGGCGGUCGGCAAGCACAUUCCUUGUGCACGCGCCAAGCUCACCGACGGAGUGACGGUGUCAUUCGGCAAAACGAACGACAGCAGGGUUCAUGAGGACGUAGCCAUAACCUCGCUGCCGCUGACGUGCGCGUCAGCCCACCACAGUCAGCUGCCGCGGGACCGCCAGCUCAAAGUGCGCGCGGUGGCCCAGAUCAUGCCUGGCCAAACACUCGAUGCCACUGAUUUUAAGCCGGGGGCCGGGCUAGAGUUCGACUCGUCCACACUGUUCGCCGGCCUCGUGGACCUCACCAUGGCCGACGUGAUCACCGCCUACAGAAGCACCGACUCGGGCGACCCCGGGUUCGGACUGCCGUCCCCCGGCACGCUCACCUACGGCAAGGUGCACCUGGUGGACAUCGUCGUGUACAUCCCGCCGGGCGGCUCCAGCCCCACCUGGAGCGUCACCGCUACAUCGAACACGCCGGACACCUUCCGCGUGGACCGGCUGAUUGUGCGCCGCAUCGGCCGCAACUUUGGUUGCCUUGGCGACCGGCUGCUGAACGCCGACCAGCUGGCGGACGGCGAGACACCGGCGUCGUACCCGACGUUCGCGGUCGACAGCAGCGGCGAGCUGGGCUCCAGCUGCACCAUCGACCUGGGGCCGGUCACCAACGUCGGCAGGGAAAAGCUCAGCUUGAAUCGUCUGCGACGACACACGACUUCGCGGAAGACAAUCACAUCGUGGUGUCGGCGGCUGUUCAGGCGCUGCUUCCCGCCGAUAGAGCGGUGCCGGCCGACGCUACCUUCGACCUCAUCACGACCAGCAAGAAGGACGCCGCCACUGAGAUCGGUUCCUCUAUCACAAGUCAAAUCUCCUUCAGCGGCACGUUCACGAGUGCCCUAUCGGGGAGUGGUCUCAAUAUGGCACUCAAUCCUCGUGACGGAGGCACAAUCUACAGAUCAGUCCCGACAGUGGUCGAUGUAAUAAUCGACAUCCCUGUUGGAUUUUACGGCACCUUGAAGGUGCAGUGCGUGCACCCGGCGGCUGACA